GGAAGAUGACUCAUCGGCUGACAACAUGGUAACGACUGGACCGGAAACGACUACGAGUAAUGAGAGCACAGCACAAGAGAACACCACAGCAACUGUCACAAGUUCCGCUGCAACAGCGGGCCACAAACAGAUGCAGGUAUGUGUCUGUGGUUGGAGGAAAGUUACAUCACACCAUGGGUUGAGGAUCCACCAGGGGAAGAAGGGGUGUUUGGGUAAAGAGAGACAGAGGCCCCGCAUUGAUCACUUUCUGCGAAAGCGAUCAAAUCAGUCGAAUGAAGCACAGCAACUGGACGCAAACCAUAGUUUGCAGUGCAUCAGUACCACUGUCAUGGAGGACGUAAACUCAAGCACCGAAGUAACACCUGAGGUGGAACCAACAACAGGAGUGGAACUCACCCAGCCUCCCAGACCUGCAGUCGAGAGGAGACUACCAGGGCACAGACCGUAUGUGAAGUGGCCUGGCGCCAGUGACAAGAAGUUGUGGGAAGCAGUGAAUACUGACCUUACCUUGACCCUCGAGAAACUUCGAGGCACAGUGGAGAAGAAGUUGGAGAGGAUGGGGGACAUCAUCUAUGAGUACGGGGCAGAAAGCUUUGGAGUGCAAGAGGCAAAAGGCGGGAGAAAGGUUCCAACCCCACCAGUUUCCAGGAGGCAACAAGAAAUCAAGCGCCUCGUUCAAGAAAGGAGACAGCUUAAGAAACAGUGGAAGAAGGCCUCGGAAGUGGAAAAGGAGGGCAUAGAGGCACUUCAGGCUGACAUUAAAACCCGGUUGGCAUCCCUCCGUAGAGCAGAGAACCUACGGAAACGCAGAAGGAAGAAAGAACAAACUAGAACUCGAUUCUAUAAAGAUCCCUUCAAGUUCCUUAAAAGUCUCUUCACGAAGGAAAAAAGUGGAGCUCUAAAAACAACAAAGAAAGACCUAGAGGAGCACCUGAUAACAACAAACUUUGACUCAAAGCGACAUGAACAUCUGGCCAUCCCAUCAGAUAUCCCACCCAUUGAACCCCCGGAACAUCAUAUUGAGACCAGCCCUCCGACAUGGAAAGAGGUGGAAAACACAGUUCGACGGGCAAGAACAGCAUCAGCCCCGGGGCCAAAUGGAGUCCCGUACAAAGUGUAUAAGAACGCACCAGACGUCCUGAGGGUCCUCUGGAGGCUUAUGAGAACAGCUUGGCAAAAGAAGAUAAUACCCAAAGUGUGGCGUAGGGCAGGCGGGGUCCUGAUCCCUAAGGAGAAGGAUGCAGUGAACAUCAGCCAAUUCCGCCCAAUCUCCUUACUGAAUGUCGAGGGUAAAAUCUUCUUUAGGGUCAUUGCCCAGAGGAUGUCCGAGUACCUGCAAAGGAAUGCGUACGUCGAUACAUCUGUACAGAAGGCAGGAAUAUCAGGGUUCUCUGGCUGCUUGGAACACUCCAGCAUGAUCUGGCACCAGAUCCAAAUGGCCAAGGUGGAGAAAAGGGACCUUCAUGUAGUCUUCCUCGACCUCGCCAAUGCAUUUGGCUCUGUGCCCCAUGAACUCCUGUGGUCUGCCUUCAGAUUUUUCCACAUACCGGACACCAUCACAACCCUGGUGAAGUCGUACUUCCAGGAUCUGCAGUUCUGCUUCACCACCUCAGAGUUCACGACCUCAUGGCAGUGCCUGAAUGUAGGAAUAAUGGCGGGAUGUACCAUUUCUCCGUUGGCAUUCAUAAUGGCAAUGGAGGUUAUCAUCAGAUCCUCAAAAUGGGUUGCUGGUGGACAGCGAGUCGACUCUGGUUUCCGCCUCCCUCCACUCAGAGCCUACAUGGACGACAUUACAACAUUGACCACCACUGUCCCAUGCACCAGGAGACUGCUCAGAAAACUCGAGGAGAACAUCAGCUGGGCCCGUAUGAAGAUUAAACCAUCCAAGUCACGCAGCAUCUCGAUUGUGAAGGGAGUACUCUCUGACCUGAAAUUCUUCAUCGGAGAUGACCAAAUCCCAACAGUGUCUGAGCAGCCGGUAAAAAGCCUUGGAAGGUGGUAUGAUGCAAGCCUGAAGGACAAAGACCAGGUGCAACAGCUGCGCAAAGACAUCAGUAGUAGCCUACAGUCCAUCGACAACACCCAGCUACCUGGAAAGUUAAAGGCCUGGUGUCUGCAGUUUGGUCUCCUACCCCGGGUGUUGUGGCCCCUAGCAGUGUAUGAGGUUCCAAUCUCAACAGUGGAGAAGAUGGAAAGAGGAGUCACAGGCUACUUAAAGAAGUGGCUCGGGGUUCCACGAUGCCUUACCACCAUAGGCCUCUAUGGAGAUGGUGUCCUCAAGCUGCCCCUCACCAGUCUAACAGAGGAAUUCAAGUGUGCAAAAACCAGGCUCCAGAUGACACUGAAUGAAUCUCGAGACCCAGUGGUGAGCAACAACGCGCCGACCUUGGCAACUGGGCGCAAAUGGAGGCCAGGAAAAGCAGUCCAGGAGGCAACAGCAGCCCUCAGACAUGCUGACAUUGUGGGUCAUGUUCAGCAAGGGAGAGGAGGCCUUGGGCUAACUAGCCGUGCUGCUUGGAGUAAGGCCACUGCACCAGAGCGGCGGAAGAUGGUAGUGCAGGAAGUACGCCAUCAGGAGGAGGCUGCAAGGUGGGCCAAGGCAGUCUCUCUUGCCAAACAAGGACAGUGGACUCGAUGGGACAGUGUGGAGAAGAGGAAGAUCAGCUGGAAGGAUCUGUGGGCCAUGGAAGCGAGGCGGUUGAGCUUUUCCAUCAGAGCAACAUAUGACGUCCUUCCAACACCAGUUAAUCUUCACCAAUGGUAUGGUGAAGAUCCGGACUGUGCCCUCUGUUCCAUGCCAGCCAACCUCAGGCACAUUCUCACAGGGUGUAAAACAAGCCUCACCCAAGGACGCUACACUUGGCGUCACAACCAAGUCCUUAAAAACCUUGCUUCCGCCCUGGAGGACAAGCGAGCUGCCACCAACUCCCUACCACCCCCAGCAGCAUCACACCCCUUACGGACGACUUUUGUCCGCGAAGGGGCUAAACCACCGAAGAGCGGCUCUACACCAUUAGAGCGAGACCAGCUGCGCUUGGCCCGCGACUGGAAAAUGCUAGCUGACAUUGGCCGGCAACUUGUGUUUCCUCCGGAGAUCGCAACCACCACCCUAAGACCUGACAUAGUGCUCUGGUCCCGUUCGCUCAAGAAGGUCUUCAUCAUUGAGCUCACAGUACCCUGGGAGGACUCAGUAGAUGAGGCUUAUGAGCGAAAACAUCUGCGCUAUGCCGAUCUAGCUGCCGAAGCACGGCAUCAUGGCUGGAACACAGAAGUCCGACCAGUGGAGGUGGGCUGCAGAGGUUUUGUGGCAACAUCUACAACCAGACUGCUUAGAGACCUGGGAAUUAAGGGCCAGAGCCAGCGUUCGGCAAUCAAAGCUGUAUCAGAGGUGGCAGAAGGCAGCAGUCAAUGGCUCUGGAUGAAGAGGAAAGACCCCAGCUGGGCCCCGAAGUGAGAGGGCCAGGAGGUUCUAACUCAAAUGUAAUGGCGUUCCCCCAACCCCAAGAUCACACCCUGUCUCAGGACCUACUAGGAGGCCAUGUCGG